CAUCGACAUCCGAAUCUCAGUCCACCAUGUCAUCGCGUAAGGACGAGCUGCUGGCCAAGAAGGCUCGUCUUGCAGAACUACGGCGCCAGAGGGAAUUGCGCCAGGAACAAUAUACGUCGAGUCGGCAGAGUAUCGGGGAGGCCCCUUCACCUGGAAAAACCGCCGAAGAGCGCAGAUCCGAGAUUGACCACCUUGUCUCCAGUCUAAUCGAUCGGCAGAGGGACAAAGAUUCGACCGCAUCGCCCAGCAGACGUGGAAGUCGACCUAGUUCAAUCCAGGGCACAGUCACUGGACACAUCAGCCCUCAGCAAGAUGUCGAAUCAUCGCCAAGGAGGUUGAUGCAAUCAAUAGCCACACAGACCGAGAGCACGGAUACUUCGUUCCCCAUUUCCGUCGAUGCUUCCGCCCAUGAGCCUGUGCCUUCGAAGAAGGAAUAUAUCACGUACACCAAGGGCGUGCAGACAGAACCGUAUCUCGAAGAACCCGCCAAAUCACAAGAGCCUUCCGACGACGACGAGCUAUCAUUGCGACAGAGAAGACGGCUCAGCCGGCGUGACCAAGAAAGAGACGAAGAAAUCCGGCAAGCACUGCGGAAGGAAAUUGAGGAAGAAUUACAGGCUACGCGCAAUCGAGAAUCUAUAAUCUCAAUAUCAACAGGUUCUCAGCAGCAGCCGCAGCAGCAGCAGCGCUUUCCUUUACGCACGCUCACCAAUACUGAACUCAAUGCUGUGGUUGCCUCCCCCGAGUUCGUUUCCUUCGUUGAGCGUUCUUCCAAGGUCAUUGAGCGUGCUCUAGAUAUCGACGACGAGUAUGACUUGCUGGCAGAUUAUACUCGUACAUCGACCCUUGAUGAUGAUGACGACAACAAUGACGCUACGCCAUAUUCACGAACUGGCAAAAAGUCCCAUUCUAUACGCGAGUCUUUUCAACUGUUUUCCGACCGAUACACGCGCAGACGCAUUGUCUCGGACAUCCAGUUCUCUCCACACUUUAAUGAACUUCUCUUGUCUUCAUACACCAAAAACCCAUCUGCUCCUCAUGAACCGGCUGGUCUGGUUCUGUUGUGGAACACACAUGCUCCGUCUCGGCCAGAGUACGUUUUUACGGCAUCGUCCGACGUUCUUUCGGCUCGAUUCUCGCCAUUUCACCCUAAUCUCGUUAUUGGCGGCUGUUACUCCGGUCAAAUAUGCCUCUGGGAUACUAGAACUUCCGGACGUACAGGGCAACCAGUUCAGAAAACACCACAAUCUGGAUCCCACCUUGGCCACACCCAUCCAGUCUACAGCAUAAGCGUCGUCGGGACCCCUAAUGCUCAUAAUAUUAUCACUGCCUCGAUGGACGGCGUUGUCUGCUCGUGGUCGGUGGAUAUGCUUACACAAGCCCAAGAAUACCUCAUCCUCAACACGCCACCUCCAGCUAAAACUGAUGACCUUGCUCCUACAAGCAUGAGUUUUCCGGCUGCAGACCCAACGUUUUUCCUUGUCGGCACUGAAGAAGGCACCAUUUACCCAUGCCACCGGUACGAUCGAGCCGGAGCUCAAGCAGGCGUGGACAGCCGCGUUGCCUACAAGGGCCACACUGCACCAGUCAUGUCCUCGCAAUUCCACCCUGCGCGAGGGCCCGUGGAUCUAGGGGAUCUACUACUAAGUUCCAGCUCUGACUGGUCCGUGAAACUGUGGCGAGUGAAGCCCGCUGCGAGUUCCAGCACCAGCGCCUCAACUAUAGCAGCUGGAGGAGCAGCGCCGACAGUUCUGAGCCCUAUCCUCAAUCUUGCUAGGGAAGAUCUCGUCUACGAUGCAAAAUGGGCACCCCAUAAACCAUCAGUUUUUGCCUGCGUCACCGGUGCAGGAGAGUUGGAGGUGUUCGAUCUUAGCUAUGACCUGGAAGUUCCGAUUGCCAAGGCCAGUCCGACGAGGGGAAAGAACGGAGUGGUCCCCUUCAAGGGAUUGAACAAAGUGGCCUGGGAGGAGAAACGAGGCAGCCACAUGGCUGUCGGUGGGCUCGAUGGCGUGGUUACAGUGUUCGACGUCGGAAAGGGAUUGCAAUGCGGAAAUGGGGAGGCCAGCAUGGAUGAGUGGGUGGGCAUGAAGAGGUUAGUGACGAAGCUGGAGGGCGGAAAGUAAGGCUCGUGAUCAACCCCUUUGUUGGCUAGGUCAGCUUUGGAUACCAUGCCUUCUGACCUGAAAAGUGCCGACGACAAUGGCGAUUUUGAGAUGGCAAUCGGUGGCCGGAUCGUGAUUGCUUUGGAUUGGCAUAUGAUACCCCCUGAGUAUGUAUGUUCUUUUGGCGGGAUGUCAAUGUGGAAGAAAAGAAUGAAUGACAUGGCAAUCGAUUACCGAUCGUCGUCAGGAAUUCCGCUGUCGCGAUGGGUGCCCUCGCCCAUUUCACACCGCUUUAUAGCUUCGGCCUCGCAAAUCCAUCCAGCCCCAACCCACUCAAAUCUAUUCCGAUAUCAUUCUGGCCUAGUAGCACCUCCUGACAAUCGUCCUCUGCAACCCCGUUCACAAAUUGCGUGACCAGGAAAUCGACGCGUCGCUGGCCCAGUACAACCAUUGGUGCAUGCCAUGUCCCCGGGCCAUAGGUGACUGCCUGGUCACCUCUAGCCAGGAACGCCCGGAGACGGGCAAGAUCUGGGGGGUUGGCGAUGGCUGUUUCGCUACCCGUGGACUUGACAGCCGUGGUCGAAGAAGGGAGGGAGG